UCUCGAAUUCUGUUUCGUCAGUCUGAACUUUUUCCCGAAGAAGAUAGUUGAAAGUGUGAAUGACUGUCUAGACAAACUGAAGCAAUUCUUUUGUUUCUUUGGGUUUUGGUUUUCUCAGCAAAUUGCAUUCGAUGGAAGUGUAACAUUAAAAACAAAUACAAUAUGAGACUAAUACUUUCUAUGUGUCUCACAGUAACGAUUGUGUUCAUUCUAACUAUUGAAGUUGCUGAAUCAGUUUUUAUAGGAUGCUAUCAAGAAACAGUUCGAAAUCGACUGUUCUCCAUCAGUCCAGGCAACUAUGAACCAGGACUUAUGAAGACAACGUACUGCCAAGAAAGGUGCGGGACGUUUGACUACCCGUAUGCUGCACUGGCCGAGGGAAAAUUCUGUUUUUGCUCUCAAAGUAUUCCAGGUAGUUCUAGUACUCCCUCAUCCUGUAACAUGACUUGCUCUGGACUGGCAUCUCAAACUUGUGGGAGUAUUAACUACGUGUCUGUGUAUUCAACUAUCAAACCCAUAGCUGGAUUACAGGUUUCGACUGAUAUUGUGGGCCUACAAGAAGUGCCAAAAAUUGUCACACUCUCGGUAUCCUUUGCUAAAGCCAGCAGUUUAGUCUACAGAGCUGACUAUGACGACCAGUCUGGAUUCACGGGCUAUAACGAGACAGGGUUCAAGUCCCGCGCCGUAUAUUUACCUGGUACCUAUAGUGUACGGCUGUCAGCCACGGAUGAUACUCAAACUAUACCGGAGAGCUACGCUGUGACUGGGUUCACCUUGCAUCAAGCAGUCAGUGGCGUAGAAAUCAAUUGUGACCAAUAUUUUGCUACCCAUGAAAUCGGCAGGUGUGAAGUCGUUAUUUGGAGAGGCACAGAUCUGGAAUUAGAAGUCAAUGUUACAGACAGAAGCUCCUUUGAUCUUUACCUGGAACACGUGGCAGAUCCAAUAGUAUCUUUUGUGGGCCAGUGGCCGUCCUCUACAUUUCUGACUGCUGCUUCUGGAUAUUUCCUGAUGAAGUCAGCCAUGUUUACAUCUUAUGGCAAAGUGUACGGCUGGAGAAUAAAAGCACAAACUGAGGGAAGUGUAACUGUCUUGAUACUCGCCCCUGGAUGUGGCGCUCAACGUUACUGUUUCGAGUCCAAUCAAUGCAAGGCUUCAUGUCUGACUAGCAACUUGUCAUUGAGUACACAAUGUUCCAGCACUGAUUCUUUUUGUUCCCAAGACAACUCUUGCUCUUCAACGUGUCCUGCGGCAACACCCAGAUUUGGCGCUGGACUUUCAGUCAACAGUUACAUAGUCAAGUGGUCAGCUAUUAUAGCCAUCUCAACAACGUCUGAGUGGUAUAACAUGACGACAACAUUCCCAGAUGUCCAGCCAGGCUACAUUAUAGGUUUGUACCACCACAGUACAGGGAGAGUUGCUGAAGUGCCUGCAACUGUUCCAGACUUCGUGGCCACCAGUACUAUAACAACCAAUGGAACCAGUCUUAGUACUGGCAGUGACUGUAACUAUACACACGCCAUUCAGGCAAUGUAUUCAGUAGGAUCAAAGACGGAAGUAACGUUUCAAUUUCUGGACUCCCCUGGGGUAUUCCCACUGAACGCAACAGCCAAGAACAAGAUGCUGGGUCACGCUGUGAAUGCUACCACAUACAUCAACUUGCUAGAGGGCGUGGAUGUAGCUCUUAUAGUUGGACCUCUGCACAUAGCAACACGUGUAGCCAGUAACUUUACUGUAGCUCCCCACACAGGCAGUAAUCUGACCUAUCAUUGGAAUAUUACUGGAGUAAUGGACGCUUAUGAUGGCAAUCUGAGUUUAGUCAUUUCUACGCCUGGAAUUUACGAACUGAAUGUAGCUAUAUUCAACGCCAUAAGUAGAAAGUCAAACAGCACCAUCAUUUAUGCUGAAGAUGAGCUUAUAGGUCUGACAAUGACAGCGCCAUCUUCAGCUGUGAAUACGCCAGUGACUUUUACUAUCAAUUUGUCAGGAGGUACCAACUAUACGUGCGACUUAGAUUAUGGGGACACGACUGCGACACUCCCACUCGACACUACAAGUCUUCUUGUUAGAGUUACCUUCACCCAAAUUCACACGUACACUGCACUGGGAGUGUAUACAGUACUGCUACUGUGCAAUAAUAAUGUUAGCACUGCUAAUGUCACCUUUGAUAUCUUCAUACAAGAAGUAAUAACAAACUUGAACCUAGCCAGAUUGGGCGCCCCGACAUUCCAGCCUUUUAGGAUUGGCUGGUCGCUGAGCUCGGGAACUUCUGUCAGCUUUACUGUAACCUUCAACACUACAGAUGUGGCUGUAGAUUCAGUAGCGAGCAACAUUGCGUCUUACACUUGGGAAUCUGUCAUUUUAUCUGGAAGGAAGGCUUCUGGAUAUCCUUACACCAUAACGGCUUGGAACAAGAUCAGUUCUUUGAAUAUAUCUGGAGUUUUUAAAAUAAUGGAUCCGAUUGAGAACCCAACGUUUACUUCAGAUUUGAAAAACGUCACAACAGAUGAUGUAGUAACUUUUACUGUUGAUAUCACUAAAGGCUCUGACGUCACAGUUGUAAUUCACUUCGCUGAUAAGAGUCCAGAUUACACCUUUCUGACCAUACCUGAAGGGAAUCCUUGGCCAGGGACUCUACGUGUUAAUCAUACGUUUAUUAAUGGUUGUAACUGUUCAGUUGUAGCCACUAUAUCUAAUGCUGCAGGUUCUGUCAGUCUAACGGUCAAUGUCCUUGUCAGAGUGGGCUUCAGUACCAUACAGUGGACACUGCCAAGUGAACAAUAUUACCUAUAUGAGCCUCCAGCAAGCCUGAACUUUUCCUUUUAUUCAACGGCUAAUACUUCUCCUACAGAGCCCACAGUAGAGAUAAACUGGGGGGAUGGCAGUCCUACCAUUACUACGAAUGAAAUUAUUUUAUCCGGUUCUGGCUACAGUUAUGACCUGGAUGACACACUUGACUACACCAUCAAUGUCACGAUGUACAACCUCCUAGGAUCCAAAACAUUUCUUCACAAAGCGAUCGUUGUUGAGAAACUGGUGGAUCCGUCCAUUUCAGUGGACUUCCCCUGCGCUCCGCUCAAUCAGCCAUACAAUGUUACAUUCAAGAUGUACAGAGGCGACCAAUACAAACUGACCUACAUAACUUGGGACUUUGGAGAUAAUACCACACCUAAAGUGACAGAAAGAAAAGGUAUUGGCAAAUAUGGAUAUGACAUAAUGUCAGUAACAUACAACGUCUUGGGACAGAAAACAAUCAAUAUUACAGCUACAGCACCAUUGAAUCAGUCAGUGUCAGCCACUCUAGAAAUAAAUGUCAUCAAUGGUGUAGACCCAACUGCUGUCCUGGUUCUAGACCCUGCCAGUGUGUCUUUUGGAGCCACCACAAGUUUCACUGUAGAGUACAUCGCCACCCCAUUACCAACUAGUGCAGUGAUUGAAAUUGACUAUUACGGUGACAGAUCUUUGAAAAGUUCUAAGAUUUCUUUGACUAGUAAAUCAACCACACUGAGUUACAUAUAUACUAGACCUGGCAGAUUCUUGGCAAACAUUAUUGUAAGAAAUAAUGCUUCAUUGGUGGAAAAAGUAGUUCAGGUAGGCGUGUAUGAAGACUUCAUCAAUCUUAAAGUCCAAGUGACUUUUCCAGGAAAACAAGUGGAAUCAGGUUUUCAGGAUACUCCAGGUUUAGAUCCCAGUGGUACACAGUUUCCUUUGGAUGUUGUCACAAAGUUUACUCUUACAGAUGACAAGUCAGCACUUGCUUUAUCUUAUGAAUUAACAUCAACUCAAGGCCCUGCAGUCUUUACGACCAAUUUUUCAUCUAAUGGAUUCAUCUACAAAUUUCAACAGCCAGGUAAAUACUUUCUAACCCUUACAGCUUCCAAUCCACUCUAUUCACGAUCUAUCAACACAGUCAUUGAACUUGUACAACGUGUUAAAUCCAUGACAAUUAAAGAAGUGGAGUCUUUAGUUGAGCCAGGAUACUUAAAGCAAUUCAAUGUUUCUUUUUCUGACUAUGGACAAGACACAUGUGUCUACAUUGACUGGGGCAAUGGUGUGAACAAAUCAAUAUAUGGGGACAAUUUAUCUUUCUGUGUUGAUCCUAGCUUUAGCAAUGCUGUUGCUAAUGGUAACAUGAAUAAGUUGACAACAGAGCUAAUAGGAAUUAGAUACUUAGCAGAAGGAAUAUAUACAGUUAAAUUUAUAGCCCAGAAUGCUUAUGGCAGAGAUUCUCAAGAGGUUUCAUUUCCUAUUUCUCGUGCAAAAUGUAGUAAGCCCACAGUCUAUAUUGAUCAAAAUACAACAAUUUUUUACAAUGCGCCAAGGUAUAAAAGAGCUAAUAUAAUUCGUCUUCGUGGUAUGGCUAGCAUUGAAUGUCCUACCAGCCUUGAUAAUAUAAAGCUUUGGACCCUGGAUGAAGUAAACAACCAGAAUGGCUCUGUGAUUUCUUCCAUCAACAUAGCUAACCUAGUUAUCGAUAAAGCUGAAUUGUACAUCCCAGCUCAAAGUUUACCUGUUGGCUUGUACAAAGCAACUUAUAAUGUAGCCAUGAAUAAUAAUGGCGUCUAUUUCUUUAACAACUCUGCCUUCACUUACUUUCAGAUUAUUCAAUCUCCUUUAGUAGCCAUUAUUGUUAAUGGAGGAAUGACAGGCAUCACUCGAGGAUCACAACAGUUUGUAACAUUAGAACCUCUGAGGUGGUCAUUGGAUCCAGAUGUUAACUCUGGAGAACCUCAUAACUUAACUGUCAAAAACUGGACUUGUUUUGAAGCAUUAACUCCAUCUAGAAAAUUUCCUUGUAAUUUUACAUUCAAUCCUACUGCUGACAAGCUGAAUAUCUCAGGUGCAACACUGAAACAAAACUACACAUACAUAUUUCAAGUCACUGUGGCUAAAGAUAAUCGUUUAGCUACAGCUGAAAUUAAUGUUCUUAUCCAAGGAAAAUCCCCACCAGCUAUCACUAUAGGAUGUCUAGAUGGAAGUGUGUGUUACCCUGACACUCUGGGCUUUAUAAUCCUAGAAAGUUCCAGAGUUUCUUUUGAUUGUUCAUGUCCAGACUGCUCACCCAGUGCCACAUAUCAAUGGGGUGUAUCUAUGUAUGAUUAUCGCUGGAAUGAUGAAUGGAGACCUGUUAAAGACAGUGUUGUUCUUAAUCAGAGUAUUAGUUUGACCUCCAAGCAGUUGUCUUUAGAGAAAUCACUACUAAAAAGUCUUUCAAAGUAUGUCAGUAAAUUGCGGAUCCAAUGCAAAAUUGAUGAUGUUAGUGGCAAUAUAAGUGCAGAGACUCAACUUAUUGUAAAUAAACCACCUUCCAACGGAAACUGCUCUAUUCAGCCAAUGAAUAAAACUGCCACUAUUGAUGCUGAGCCAAUGUGGCAGGUUGAGUGUAAUGAAUGGAAUGAUACGGAUGGCAUAAAGGAGUUUCAGUUUUUCAGUGUUUUUGAUCCUGAAGAAGUAGAGAGAGAAAUCACUUCCUAUCCCUUACCAGGGGGUACAACUGUUAUGAAACCUUUAUCAAUCAAUGUCAGCCUUCCUGUUGGUCCAGACUACAAAGGCUACAGACAGAAUAUCAAAGCUGUCAUAAGAGACACCCUGAAUGCUGUUACUGAACUAAUAAUUCGUGAAGUUAUUGUUCUACCUCCUGAUGAUGCUGAGAUGAAAAAAUACAUCACACAAAUAUUACAAAAUCCAAACAUUGAAUUUUACAAUAUUUUUCAAGUAGGAGAUCAAAGGAAAGUCACUGAAAUGGCUACAGCUUUUGUAUCUUCAUUAAACACUCUAUCAAAGGACAGUCAAAGUGAAUAUGAAUUUUAUGAUGUUCCCAGUAAUAUGAUUUGCACUGGCUAUGGGUCCUUUGAUAAAAACAGGAAAAAUGCUUAUUUAAAGCCAAAUGCAAGUGCUAUGGAUGAAAAGCAAUACAUCUUUGAAGUAGAGAGAGAUCAAAGAUCACAGCUUAGGACAAAAAUAAUAACAUUUGCUUUGAACACAACGUUUGAAGACCCAAUAGCUAUUCAACAAGUAGCUGGACUGUUAGCUGUAGCUGCAGCUCAACCUACAGAAAUUACACCUGAUUGUAUGGACUUGAUCCUGGAAGGAAUUUCUAAAAUGAUUGAAAACCUGAAUGAUCCUAUCAAAAUGGCAGAUAUUCCACAAGAAGUCAUUGAAAAAGCUAUGACCAAUAUUUUUUCUGUUAUAGGAGCUAUGAUGGAGGCUGCAGGUGCUAAUGGCAACUUCCCAACUCUACAAGAAAUGGAAAAAACUAAGAAAACUGCGUCAUGGAAAUUUUAUGACACAUCUCUGCAGGCUAUAGGAGGAAAAAAUGAUGUAGAGUCCAUACAAAAUUUUGAUGAAGCAAUUAAAGCACACACUAAAUUUGUUUACAGAGAUGCAUUUGUUCAAAAGGGCAUUGAGGCUGGACAAAAGAUUAAUAUCUUAAUGAAAAGUAUGUCAAAACUUUUUAAUAGCUUUGCUAUUCCUGGACAAGUCAUGAAUGGAACAUCUUUCAGAUUGAAAUAUAGCAUGGAAAAAAAUUACAUAGAUAAGUUUACUGGAAAAACUGUCAAACUGUCCAAUUCAGAUGCUGAAGUUGUGCUGCCUAACAAUAUCAAAGACUUGUUUCCUGGUUUAAAUAAAACAGAUGUGGUUACAUUUCAGGUAUCGCAAUCGACCAAUGUUCCUAACAGAUAUUCUGAUAGUGCCGUUGAAAGUUUUGAGACGUACACACACUUUGUUUCAAUGAAUUUUUAUGGCAAAAAUGGAGAUGCACUUCGUGUAGUUAACACAAGUUCCCCUAUCAAAAUAACAAUUCCUCAUGAUUCCAAUGGACCAAGGGGCUCAAAGAAAAUCAUCCGCCCGUUUGUUACACAGUGGAAUAUGUUUCAACUGCAUCAAACAGAAACCAAGUCUGCAAAUGCUUCAAUACAUCUUCAUUUUGAGAUUGAAGAUGGUGUCCAGCUAUUAGUAGUUGCUCGGUACAAUGGUGUUCCCAAUCCUGCUAACAAUGAAACUGAUUUUAUUUUUGUUGUACCUCCUACAGUGCCUCCAAAUUCAUCCCUUAAAGACCCAUACACAAUAGUCAUAACGAAUGUUGAGUUGAAAGGUCGUAAAGGAAAAUGGUGGUUUGGCACAAGAGAGCUUGAUGCUAGUGAUAUAAAUGAUGCCAUUCCAACCAAUGAGGAAAUUUCUGAGAAGUAUAAAAAUGGUUCUGGUGAAUUUAACCAUAAUUACAAUUUAACUUUAUGGACAUCUGGAUGUUUUUUCCUGUCUGAUAAUGCCACUGACUGGAGUUCUUAUGGUUGUGAAGUCAGUCCAGAAUCAACUGAAGAAAAGACUGUGUGCUUAUGUAACCACAUGACUACAUUUGCUGGUGGAUUUAUAGUAGUACCCAAUACAAUUGACUGGAAUUUUGUAUUUAGUCAUGCUGAUUUCAUGUCCAAUCCAACUUUAUAUAUCACGGAGAUGUUCAUUGCUGUUGUGUUUGCAAUAGCAUUCUACUUAGCCAGACAAAAAGACAAGAAAGAUAUGGCUUUGAUAGGGUUAACACCAAUGGCUGAUAAUGACCCUCGUGACAAAUAUUUCUAUGAAGUGACUGUUUCUACUGGCAUGAGAAGAAAUGCUGGCACAAAUUCAAAGGUUUACUUUAUUUUAUCUGGUGAAGAAGAAGAAUCAGAAGUCAGAAUGUUGAGUGACUCUAAACGUCCUAUAUUUAAACGUGGAAUGACAAACAGGUUUCUCUUGGCCCUCCCAGAAUGCUUAGGUCGUAUCAACUAUAUGAGAGUAUGGCAUGAUAACAGUGGAAAAGGGAAAUUUGGUUCUUGGUUUUUAAAUUAUAUUGUAAUUAAAGACCUUCAGACUGAUGUGAAGCAAGUUUUUAUAGCCAACAGAUGGUUUGCUCUGGAGGAAGAUGAUGGACAGAUUGACCGUAUUCUUCCACUAGCUGGCAGAGAACAAUUAGCAGACUUUAGUUAUCAGUUUGGUGAACGUACAAGAAAAAACUUAGUUGAUGGUCAUCUCUGGUUUUCUGUUGUGGCUAGACCUCCUGGCAGUUAUUUCACUUGUGUAGAAAGAGUGGCCUGCUGCCUUUGUCUACUGUUCAUGACAAUGUUGACCAAUGCCAUGUUUUAUAGAUCAGAAAAUAAUUCAUCAAAUCAAGCAUCAUUGUCAUUCUCCUUUGGGCCAUUUUCACUGAGUGUUUCUCAAAUUUUCAUAGGAUUCAUUAGCAAUAUUAUAGUGUUUCCAGUCAAUUUCUUGAUAGUAUUCCUUUUCCGCAAAGCCAAACCGCGCAAUAUGAACCCAAGCAACAAACUCUUGAGUGGUGGCUCAAGACCAAGUACUGCUAAACUCAGUCAGGUUCAUCCUCAUGUUGAUAGUUCCAGUUCAACUCUAAGUUUAUCUACCACAGCUUCAUAUCCUGAUGGAAGAAGUGACUCUGAACAGCUUGUUAAAAAGUCUAAUCAAGGUUCAGUGUCCCAGAGUGAUCUCCGAGCAGCUAGUUUGGUAGGUAUCAAGAAGAAAAAGUCUUGCCAACUAGUAUGGUGGUUCAAAAUUGUUGCCUGGGUAUUGGUCAUUCUGUGUACUUUGAUGUCUGCUGCACUUGUGACAUUCUAUGGUAUUUCAUUCCAGGAUGAUACUUGCAAGAAAUGGAUUACUUCUUUAAUCGUUUCCUUUUUUACUUCAAUCUUUAUUACCCAGCCUAUUAAGGUUAUUUUGACUGCCAUUUUACUUUCUUUGAUCAUCAAAAACCCCGGAGAAGAUGAUGAAGAGGAAGAGGAAGAACACAUUUACCCAGCCAAUCCUGAGGAUGAAUUUUUGCACACUAAGGAAGACAGCACAUAUGCAGCAGCCAAGCCUAAAGUAGCUGGCUAUAAACCUGUAAAUCCUAAAGAAUUGGAAAGAUUGAGAGAAGUCAGAUUAAAAGAGGUUAAAAUGUGGGCUGUCAUAAGGGAGAUCAUUUUUUACAGCAUAUUUUUAUGGAUCCUGCUGAUUAUUUCUCAUAACAACCGAGGGGCUGACAACUUUCGUUAUAAAAACAACAUGAUGAAAACUUUUAUCACCAAUCAGAAUCUGGACCAAACACUUGUGAAGUUUGAUGAUGUUCAAAGUGCAAGUGAUCUAUGGCAAUGGCUUAACAAUGGUUUUAUUACUGGCAUCAUGGCUAAUGCAUACUACAAUGACUAUCCUCCUCUAAAACUCAAAUCAUAUAUUAAUGACAAAUCUUCAAGAAUAUUAGGACAUGCAGUCCUUCGACAGCUUCGUAUCAAGCCUGAUCUUUGUAAAGUUCCUGACAUUAUAAGUUCAGCUAUUGCCAAGUGCAAUGUUCAGUAUAGUAUCGCAGAUCAAGAAGAAGGUGACUUUGAUCUGGGCUGGGUGAAGCUAAACAAAUCUGCUAAACCUGUGACUAUAAAAACAGAAUAUAUGUAUUCUUCAGCUGAAUCUCUCAAUGGAUACCCUUACUGGGGAAAUCUGGCUCUGUACUCAGGAGGUGGCUAUAUAGCACAUUUGAAUGGAACCAAAGCAGAUAUAAUAAAAACUAUACAGAGAUUACAGAAUGAAACUUGGAUUGAUCAAUACACCAGGGCUGUCUUUAUAGAAUUCACUGUUUAUAAUCCUCAAGUAAACUUGUUUUCAGUGAAUAUGAUAUUGGCAGAGUUUAAUCUUAACAAUGGCAUCAUUCCUUCAUACCGCUUUGAACCAGCUAUGUUGCUACCUUACAUGACAAAUGCUAUGAUCUUUCAGAUAGUCUGUGAAGUCUUCUUUGUCUUAUAUAUUUUAGGCUUUAUAAUUGUUGAAAUUUUGCAGCUGAUCAAAUUACGGACAGCUUACUUCACAAUGUUCUGGAACUGGAUAGAAAUCUCAAUUAUAUCUUUCUCAAUCACUGCAAUAGUUAUUUAUUUUUAUAGACUUUUUGAAACAAACAGUUUAACAAAACAAAUUAAUGACUCCAAAGGUAAUGGCUACAUCAAGUUCCAGUAUGUUGGCUACUGGAAUGAAAUAUUCUCUUAUUUGAUUGGUUUUAUCGUGUUCUUGGCUACCAUCAAAUACCUGAGAUUACUUAGAUUUAACAGGAGAAUCUCUAUGCUGGCAGACACAUUGAAAUACAGUGGUAGACAACUCUUCCAUUUUAGCAUCAUCUUCUGGAUUAUCUUUUUUGCAUUUGCUCAGCUAUUUUUUAUAACCUUCCAAUUUGGUGAUGAUCAAUACACAACAUUCGUUCAGGCCUCCAUCUCUCUGAUUCUCAUGUUGAUGGGCAAAUUUAGUAUCUACAGUAUGAGCAUGGUAGACCCCCUCUUAUCUCAGAUCUACAUCUUGGUGUAUGUCAUUGUACUCUCCUUCAUCCUGCUCAACAUGUUUGUCUCCAUUCUGACUGACACGUUCUCAGCUGUCAGGGAGGAUAUACAGAAACAAACAAAUGACUAUGAGAUUGUGGACUUCAUGAUGGGAAGAUUGAAGAAAUGGACAGGCUUUGGAGUUCCACCAUCCGACACUCAAGGUCCCAAUGUCAACAAAAAUCUGGAAGGUUACGCCAACUCAGCUUAUGUCAAAGAUGAAGAUGACAAUGAUGAAGAUCAAAGCAGCAAUGAUGCCAUGAAUCAUAUGAACAUGUUUCCAUCCAGAAUUGACAGAUUACUUCAGUCACUAGCCACUAUUUACAAAGAUAAUGAUGGGGCCCAAAUGCCCUGGGGGAAACAACCUUAUCAAGCUCCUCCAAGGAAACAAGAGUACCCCUUUAGACCAGAAAGUCAAGCUGGAAAGAGACGUCAGAGUUUAGCAAAAGUGGACACUUCUUAGAAAAAUAUUUGACUGUUUAUGAUUGUGAAUAAAUAUUUGUAACUUAGUUGUUUACUAGUAUUAGUCUAUCAUGUCAGUGUCUUUAUUAUUUCUUAAAUCUGACAAACCAAAUCUUCUGGAGCCUUAUGUCAUUGUUACAAAUCCUUGAAUUUUUUUAAACUUUGAAACAGAUAAAAAUUUCUGGAUUAGCUUGUCUGUACAUAACAAAUCAAUUUAGCAGGGAAUUUUAAAUCAACUGAUAUUUAAUGGUUUUUUUUUAAUUAUUUAAACAAAAGUUCAAAAUCUAUUAUCAAAUUUUGUUUAAAUUUUGCAUCAACAAUAUUAUCUACUGUUAUUUACUAUUUAAUAAUAAAUUUAAGUUUUUUUCUUGUAUCUGUGAAAUAUUUUCUGAAAUGUAAGUUUCAUUGUUACAUUUCAAUUAGUCUUCAUUUCAGUUUACUAAAGACAUGACUUUUUAUUAGAGUUUCAAAUGAAAAAAAAAUUUAAUAAAGCAUCAGAGACAAAUGUAGGUAAAUAGUGUUACAAUACAUAGUCAGGUGUUGUUGAAAAAUGUUGAUGUUUUAUUGUAUACAUUUCUUAGUUGUAAUGGAUUCUCUUUUAGUUGAACUAUCCACAUGUGACCCAAUGAAGAUGUGCACACUGACAAAGUCAGAAAAAAUGAGCAAAACCAAAUAUUGAAGGAAGGAAAAGAUAAGGAAAUAGAACUCUUUCUCUCUUUUUUUUUUCUCUUUCUUGGUUAAUAGAAUUUUAACCAGAAUCCCUUUGUUAAAUCUAAUUUAUAUAAAGAUGUUUUUGUAACAUGACAAUUUUAUGACUUUUAUCCAAAUGCCAGGGUUCUAUACAAAUGUGUAUGCUAAGUCAAAUGCAUAUUUUGUCAUCAAUGUCCUUAUUUUGAAAAACAUUUGUAUUUAACAUCCAACUGAUAUCUGAAUGCACAAUGGUUAGUUUGUGCCGAAUCGGUUUAUCAUUUGUCUUAUAUAAAGAUCUGCUUAAUAUCUGACUUAAUGUGAUUACUAAUAUAGUACUCUAAAAUUUCCUA